AUGCUUCAUGGUGUUCUGGGAAAAAUCUUUCGACUUGUUGGCUAUACUAUUCAGGAUGGCUGUAUAGCUCAUUGUGCUUUUGAGCACGUUGGUGGUGUUGUCAUGUGUUCUGGACCACCUAUGGAGCCUACAAUUCAAAAUUCAGAUAUUAUCUUUGCAGGAAAUCUUAGUCGUCAUUUUUAUGGCAUCCAAAGAGGUGACACUGUGAUUGCAAAAAGCCCAAGAGAUCCAAAAUCAAAUAUUUGUAAAAGAGUAAUUGGCUUGGAAGGAGACAAGAUUCUCACCACUAGUCCAUCAGAUUUCUUUAAAAGCCAUAGUUAUAUGCUAAUGGGUCAUAUUUGGUUAGAAGGUAAUAAUCUACAGAAUUCUACAGAUUCCAGGUACUAUGGACCUAUUCCAGAUGGACUAAUAAGAGGACGAAUCUUCUUUAAGAUUUGGCCUCUGAGUGAUUUUGGAGAUCUACGUGACAGCCCUAAUGUCCACAGAUGUUCUGAUGAUUAG